UCUGACAUUUCGCAGUCUGGCAACCCUUUCAACAGCUGAUGGCCCUCUGGUGCCGCGCGCGCUCCCUCAACGUUGUGAUGCAAUUUUGUUGUUUUCGGCCUAAAAGUGAAAGUUUUGACUGACCAACAACAAGGAAAUCCUCUGUAGACGAACCCCUGACAUUUCCAUGGCACAACCAUUGAGCCAAGGCAACAAAUUCAAGCAAAACAAGGGGUAAACACACAAACUCCAAAGGGCAGGCCAGCCGAUGAGCAAAGCAACAGCCGAGUGGCCAAUGUGCGGUCCAAUUGGUGUUGGCCGGGUAUCAUCGGGGGCCACUAGCUGGGCCUAACCUCAAAGCACGCACACAAUUCGAGAGUCGAGCCGAGCCAGGGAGAGUCAUCCGCACAAAAAAACCAGUCGAAAUCCCUUUUCGCAUUGCAACCAAAUUGAAAGUGUUCAAAAUUGAAAAGUCAUGCAUCGCAACGUACCGGCAACAUGGACCGGCAGCCUGCUGCCCUUCCGUGUCUCCACCACAACAAAGGUCGUCAUCUUCUCCCUGACCGCUGGCGUGGCUCUGAUGGGCGUUCUAUCGCGUUUCUUGCGUCGCCGCAAGCCACCACGUCCGCCGCGUCGGGCCAGGAAGUAUACAAAUCGUAGGACGAGGAACAGCAUGCGCAGUCCCAAUGAUCUGCUGUCGAUUGCCGGCUCCAAGGCCUCGGCACGCUCGGGCAGCCCGGUAGGCUCGACAAUCGCCUAUUCGGAUCGCCUGUCCAUGGCGUCGGGCUCCAUUGGCAUUAUGGGUGCGAGUGGCACGAAUGCUGGGCCCACGGCUGUCACCCAGCUGACCGUACAGCAGCUGGGCGUCAUGGGCAUGGAGGCCCUGGACACGGUCAUCAACUUCUGGGAGGAUGCACUGGCCGCACACUAUUCGCCGGGCGGAUUUCCCGCCUCGCUGACCACGGCCGAGGACUCGGAGUUCUGUCGCGAGAUCCAGAACCUUCUGGAGAUGGCCUACACGCUGCAGGAGCAGAGUGAGCUGCUCUUCCUGGACCAGCGAUCGGUGCUGUUUCGCGAGGAACAUUCCAUAGACGAGGCCGAGGAGGAUCGCCUCACUGCCGGCGGUGGCGGUGGCGGUGGCGUCGGCGGCGAUGACGAGGAUCGCAACUCCCGCAAGUCGGGCAGCGUCCUCAGCAGAGCCGGCUCCGAUCCGAAUUUCGAUUCAGCGGAGAGUUUCGCCUCGGCGCUGGACCAGGUGGCCGACCUGCGUGAGUUUGAUGGCUUUAUCGAGACCUCGUACGAGGAGUAUCCGCUGUUCCAGAGCGCCCUGAAGCACCACGAUGAGUACACCGUGCCGUGUCGCACCAUUCGAGCGGAGCUAGUGCACUGCAGCACCGACACCGAGUACCUGGCGAAGCUCCACUGCGUUCGUCUGGCCUUUCAGUUUCUCUUCAAGGACCCGGCCGUGGGCCAGUGGAUCUGCGAUGCGGGCAGGCAGAUCCUCACCGAUCUGCUCUGUCUGGGCGACAAGGACACGAAGGAGUUUCUCGUUGGCUACGAGGACAUGGUGAACUUCCUGAAGGACCCCAAUGCCUGGCCCCUGAUCCAAAUGGAGCUGGAGCAGCGCAACGUCAAGGCAAUGACCUUCUACGACAUCUGCCUGGACUUUAUCAUCCUCGACUCGUUCAAGGACCUGGACACGCCGCCGGCCAGUGUCACGGCUGUCGUCCAAAAUCGUUGGCUCUCCAAUGGCUUCAAGGAGACGGCUCUGACGACGGCCGUGUGGUCGGUGCUGAAGGCGAAGAAGCGGAUGCUGAAGUUCCCCAAUGGAUUCAUGUCCCACUUCUAUGUGAUAUCCGAGCAGAUAUCACCGCUGAUGGCGUGGGGCUUCUUUGGGCCCAACGAGAAUCUGCGCGACAUUUGUCACUACUUCCGCGAGCAGCUGCUGUCCUUCCUGGUGGACAUCUUCAGCUUCCAGAAGAGUCGCUUCACCACCAUCGAGGACUUCUCGCAGGAUGUCCUGCAGCACAUGCAGACGCGCGUCAACAACAUAGGCGUGAAGUUUAGCCAGUAGUUGGCCCCGGUACCCGGAACCUAUUCCUUCCCCACUUUGAUUCUAAAAGCUCCAACAAGUUGACUAAUUUUAAAGCCAUCAAACAUCCACAUACCGAACACCCAGUGCCCCAGCCAUUACCCUAGGGAAAAGUGUCGCCAUCAUCAUUCUCUUUUCGUAUGAUUAAGCAUUUAAGAGUCGCCACAAACACAUGUGUAAAAUAAAACUGUUUACGCCUGCCUCCAAAGC